UUCGUUAGGCUGAUGGAAGAGAGGGUAAGACGUCACAUCCAAAGUGAGUGUUAACAGUUUUGAGUUGAAGUUGUUGAGAGUUAAUUAAGUAUCAUUUUAUUUGAAGGGUGAGGAGCCAAGGAACAUGAUUGAAUUUUACAAAGAAACACACUGGUCAAAUAAGAAGGGCAAAUUCAUCAAUGUAGCAAGUGAACACAACUAUAAUCUGAUGCUAGAGAGGUUGAAUGAGAAAGAAACUGAAGAGGAUGUUGAGGAGAUUGCAGGUGAUGUGUUCAAGGAGGUGUUGGGGUUCAAAUCUGGCUAUGCAGUUGGCCUGGGGCACUCAGUCAUACCUGAGCCCUCCCCGUUCUUGAGAAAUAACAAGGCAUUUAAACGUAUGGCUGAAGAGAAUGAAAUGAACAAGGAAUGUGCAGACUUGUAUAAGAGUAAACUAGAAGCAAUUAUGGGUGAUAUGGCUGAGCUGCACAAACAGUUUUCUGAGCAUGACAAACAAAUCAUGGCCAUGUCAUCAUAG